CAGCUUAGAAAUACUCUUUAUAUUUUACAUGAAGUCAACAGUUUUUGAGGCCCGCACCUUUUUUUAACUUUCUAGAUUCCUCGUUUCUCGGUGCGCCACCCACUUGUUGUGCUGAAACCAGAUUCAGGGGACUCAGCCGGCCAGUUCAGUUCCUCAGAGCAAUGGAAAACACCAAACAGCAACAAUUCUUGCCAAACCCAGUUGUAUUGCAGAGUCAGGAGUUAUAUGAGUAUAUACUGGCCACCAGCGUGUACCCACGAGAAGCAGAGCCUCUAAAGGAGCUAAGGGAAGCUACUGCAAACAAUCCGCGAGCAUUCUUCGGUACGUCACCAGAUGCAGGUCAGCUAAUGGCCAUGCUCUUGAAGUUAGUGAAUGCCAAGAAGACAAUUGAAGUUGGGGUCUUUACAGGAUACUCUCUUCUCCUCACAGCUCUUACCAUUCCUGAUGAUGGCAAGAUCACAGCCAUAGAUGUCGAUCGGAAAACAUAUGAGACGAUCGGCUUGCCAAUUGUAAAGAAAGCUGGCGUUGAACACAAAAUUAACUUUAUUGAGUCACAAGCUUUACCAGUUCUUGAUGAACUUUUGGAAGACCCAAAGAAUGAAGGGAGUUUUGACUUUGGCUUUGUGGAUGCGGACAAGGACAAUUAUUGGAAUUACCAUGAGAGGAUGAUGAAGCUGGUUAAGGUUGGUGGGAUGGUUAUCUAUGAUAACACACUGUGGGGAGGAUAUGUUGCGUUGCCUGAAGAGGCUGUUCCAGAAAAGAAAAGGGCCUGGAGGCAGACUUCCAUUGAGUUCAACAUCUCCAUCUCUGCUGACCCUCGCGUUGAAAUAUCUCAUGCUUCAGUGGGUGACGGUAUGCUUAUCUGCAAGCGAAUUUGCUGAGUAUCAAAAAUAAACCUGUAGUGAUAUAUUGCAAGGCUUUCUGUUAACAUGUUGAAAUUACUAAUAAGAAUUGUAAGCAUGUGAUGCAGAACCCGUUAAUGUUCACUUCUACAA